AUGCAGUUGUUCCAGCACUUGAAGCGCUUGAAACCAUUAAUUUGGUUUCGAAGCAAGCAUACGCUCCCGGAGCUUCCAUAUGACUAUUGUGCUUUAGAGCCCAUCAUUUGCAAAGAAAUAAUGGAGCUUCACCACUUAAAACAUCAUGCUGGUUACGUAGAUCGCUUAAACAGUGCUGAAGAGGAACUAAAAGAAGCGCUGGCUAGCAGCGAUACAUCCAAAAUUAUCAGCCUGGGCAAGGCCAUCCGGUUCAAUGGUGGAGGCCACAUUAACCAUUCGUUGUUCUGGGAAAAUCUAACUCCAAAAUGCACCGCCCCAUCUAAGGCAUUGGAAAGUGCUGUGAAACAUGCUUUUUACAGCAUGGAGGAUUUUCGGCAACAGAUGGAAGCAUCUGCUCUUGGAAUCUACGGUUCAGGAUGGGUUUGGUUAGGGUGGCAAAAAGAAUCCAAAUCGCUUAAAAUCGCAAGUUCGAUCAAUCAGGACCCUCUAGAGGCGACGACAGGUUUGAUUCCAAUUCUGGGUAUUGAUGUAUGGGAACAUGCUUACUACAUUCAGUACAAGAAUGAUCGAGCUAAAUAUUUCGAAGCCCUUUGGAAGAUUAUAAACUGGCAGGUAGUUUCUCAGCGUUACGAAAAGCUACGUUGCGUUGUUUAA